AUGGUGUCACGAAUACGGGCCAAGGAUGAGAAAUCAGUGGCAUUGUUGCGAAGGACAAGAAGUGAUACUCUAAACAAACCUGGUAGUGAUACUUCUAACAAACCUGGUAGUGAUACUACAAGCAGCAGUGGUCGUGAUACUCCAAACAAACCUGGUCGUGAUACUCCAAACAAACCUGGUAGUGGUAGUGAUACUACAAGCAACAGUGGUUGUGAUACUCCAAACAAACCUGGUAUUGAUACUCCAAACAAACCUAGUAGUGAUACUCCAAACAAACCUGGCAGUGAUACUUCAAACAAACCUGGUAGUGAUACUCCAAACAACAGUGGUAGUGAUACUCCAAACAAAUCUGGUAUUGAUACUCCAAACAAACCUGGUAGUGAUACUUCAAACAACAGUGGUAGUGAUACUCCAAACAAACCUGGUAGUGAUACUACAAGCAACAGUGGUCGUGAUACUCCAAACAAACCUGGUAUUGAUACUCCAAACAAACCUAGUAGUGAUACUCCAAACAAACCUGGUAGUGAUACUCCAAAAAAAACUGGCAUUGAUACCCCGAACAACAGUGGUCGUGAUACUCCAAACAAACCUGGUAUUGAUACUCCAAACAAACCUGGUAGUGAUACUCCAAAUAACAGUCGAUAUGAUACUCCAAACAAACCUGGUAGUGAUACUCCAAACAACAGUCGAUAUGAUACUCCAAACAAACCUGGUAGUGAUACUCAAAACAACAGUGGUAGUGAUACUCCAAACAACAGUGGUAGUGAUACUCCAAACAAACCUGGUCGUGAUACUCCAAACAAACCUGGUAGUGAUACUCCAAACAAACCUGGUAGUGAUACUUCAAACAAACCUGGGAGUGAUAAUCCAAACAACAGUGGUAGUGAUACUCCAAACAAACCUGGUCGUGAUACUCAAAACAAACCUGGUAGUGAUACUCAAAACAAACCUGGGAGUGAUACUCCAAACAACAGUGGUAGUGAUACUCCAAACAACCCUGGUAGUGAUACUCAAAACAAACCUGGUCGUGAUGCUCAAAACAAACCUGGUAUUGAUACUCCAAACAAACCUGGUAGUGAUACUCCAAACAACACUGGUAGUGAUACUCAAAACAAACCUGGUCGUGAUGCUCAAAACAAACCUGGUAGUGAUACUCCAAACAAACCUGGUAGUGAUACUUCAAACAAACCUGGUAGUGAUACUCAAAACAAACCUGGUAGUGAUACUCCAAACAACACUGGUAGUGAUACUCAAAACAAACCUGGUCGUGAUGCUCAAAACAAACCUGGUAGUGAUACUCCAAACAAACCUGGUAGUGAUACUUCAAACAAACCUGGUAGUGAUACUCAAAACAAACCUGGUAGUGAUACUCCAAACAACACUGGUCGUGAUACUCCAAACAAACCUGGUAUUGAUACUCCAAACAAACCUGGUAGUGAUACUCCAAACAACAGUGGUAGUGAUACUCUAAACAAACCUGGUAUUGAUACUCCAAACAAACCUGGUAGUGAUACUCCAAACAACACUGGUCGUGAUACUACAAACAAACCUGGUCGUGAUACUCCAAACAAACCUGGUAGUGAUACUCCAAACAAAUCUGGUAGUGAUACUCCAAACAACAGUGGUAGUGAUACUCCAAACAAACCUGGUAUUGAUACUCCAAACAAACCUGGUAGUGAUACUCCAAACAACACUGGUAGUGAUACUCCAAACAAAACUGGUAGUGAUACUCAAAACAAAACUGGUCGUGAUACUCAAAACAAACCUGGUAGUGAUACUUCAAACAAACCUGGUAUUGAUACUCCAAACAACAGUGGUAGUGAUACUCUAAACAAACCUGGUAUUGAUACUCCAAACAAAUCUGGUAGUGAUACUCAAAACAACAGUGGUAGUGAUACUCCAAACAAACCUGGUAUUGAUACUCCACACAAAUCUGGUAGUGAUACUCAAAACAACAGUGGUAGUGAUACUCCACACAAACCUGGUAUUGAUACUCCAAACAAAUCAGGUAGUGAUACUCAAAACAACAGUGGUAGUGAUACUCCAAACAAACCUGCUAUUGAUACUCCAAACAAACCUGGUAGUGAUUAUCCAAACAAAACUGGUAGUGAUACUCCAAACAACCCUGGUAGUGAUACUCCAAACAAACCUGGGAGUGAUACUACAAGCAACAGUGGUCGUGAUACUCCAAACAAACCUGGUAUUGAUACUCCAAACAAAUCAGGUAGUGAUACUCAAAACAACAGUGGUAGUGAUACUCCAAACAAACCUGGGAGUGAUACUACAAGCAACAGUGGUCGUGAUACUCCAAACAAACCUGGUAUUGAUACUCCACACAAAUCUGGUAGUGAUACUCAAAACAACAGUGGUAGUGAUACUCCACACAAACCUGGUAUUGAUACUCCAAACAACAGUGUUGUUUGGAGUGGUAGUUAUACUCUAAACAAACCUGGUAUUGAUACUCCACACAAAUCUGGUAGUGAUACUCAAAACAACAGUGGUAGUGAUACUCCACACAAACCUGGUAUUGAUACUCCAAACAACAGUGGUAGUUAUACUCUAAACAAACCUGGUAUUGAUACUCCACACAAAUCUGGUAGUGAUACUCAAAACAACAGUGGUAGUGAUACUCCAAACAAAACUGGUAGUGAUACUCAAAACAAACAUGGUAGUGAUACUCCAAACAACAGUGGUAGUGAUACUACAAACAACACUGGUAGUGAUACUCCAAACAACACUGGUAGUGAUACUCCAAACAAACCUGGUAGUGAUACUUCAAACAAACCUGGUAGUGAUACUCCAAACAACACUGGUAGUGAAAACAUGGUAGUGAUACUCCAAACAACAGUGGUAGUGAUACUACAAACAAACCUGGUAGUGAUACUCCAAACAACAGUGGUAGUGAUGCUCCAAACAACAGUGGUAGUGAUACUUCAAACAACAGUGGUAGUGGUGCUCCAAACAACACUGGUAGUGAUACUCGAAAACAACAGUGGUAGUGUUGCUCCAAACAAACCUGGUAUUGAUACUCCAAACAACAGUGGUAGUGAUACUUCAAACAACAGUGGUAAUGAUACUACAAACAACACUGGUCGUGAUACUCAAAACAAACCUGGUAGUGAAACUUCAAACAAACCUGGUAGUGAUACUCCAAACAAACCUGGUAGUGAUACUCCAAACAAACCUGGUAGUGAUACUCCAAACAACACUGGUAGUGAUACUCCAAACAACACUGGUAGUGAUACUACAAACAACAUCGGUAGUGAUACUCCAAACAAACCUGGUAGUGAUACUCCAAACAACUCUGGUAGUGAUACUACAAACAAACCUAGUAGGGAUACGACAAACAACACUGGUAGUGAUAUUACAAACAAACCUGGUAGUGAUACUCCAAACAAACCUGGUAGUGAUACUACAAACAAACCUAGUAGUGAUACGACAAACAACACUGGUAGUGAUACUACAAACAAACCUAGUAGUGAUACUACAAACAACACUGGUAGUGAUAUUACAAACAAACCUGGUAGUGAUACUCCAAACAACACUGGUAGUGAUACUCCAAACAACAGUGGAUGUGAUACUCAAAACAAACCUGGAAGUGAUACUCCAAACAAACCUGGUAGUGAUUAUCCAAACAAAACUGGUAGUGAUCCUCCAAACAACACUGGUAGUGAUUAUCCAAACCAAACUGGUAGUGAUACUCCGAACAACACUGGUAAUGAUACUCAAAGCAAACAUGGUAGUGAUACUCCAAACAACACUGGUAGUGGUACUCAAAACAAACCUGGUAGUGAUACUACAAACAAACCUGGUAGUGAUACCCCAAACAACAGUGGAUGUGAUACUUAA